ACGACUCCCGCCAGGCGCCGCGGCGCAGCGCAUGAGCCCUGCUCGGCUCCGGCGCGUCUAUUAUGCUGCCGGGGCCGGCGAGCCAAAGAGGAGCCGGCCGCGCGGGCCGGGAGGGGACGGCCGCCGGAGCCGCCGAGGCCAAGUGCUGCCUGGUCCGGCCGGGAGCCGGGAUGCCGCGCCUCUGCGGGCAGCACGGAGGGAGCGAGGGCCGCGCCGAGCCCCUGCUGUGACGGCCCGUGAGUGCGCGCCGGAGGAUGUCCGCCUCGACGACGGCCGCCCCCCCGGGGAUGCCGGUGGCCCCGGGCCCCGUGAACCCGCCGCCGCCGGAGGUGGCCAACCCCGCCAAGCCCGGCCGCAAGACCAACCAGCUGCAGUACAUGCAGAAUGUGGUGGUGAAGACGCUCUGGAAGCACCAGUUCGCCUGGCCCUUCUACCAGCCCGUGGACGCCAUCAAGCUGAACCUGCCCGAUUACCACAAGAUAAUCAAGAACCCGAUGGACAUGGGGACGAUCAAGAAGAGGCUGGAGAACAGUUACUACUGGAGCGCGAGCGAGUGCAUGCAGGACUUCAACACCAUGUUUACAAACUGCUACAUCUACAACAAGCCCACAGAUGACAUAGUGCUAAUGGCCCAAGCCUUAGAGAAAAUUUUUCUGCAGAAAGUGGCCCAGAUGCCCCAGGAGGAGGUUGAGUUGUUGCCCCCUGCUCCAAAGGGCAAAGGCCGGAAACCGGCUGCGGGAGCCCAGAGUGCAGGUGCGCAGCAGGUGGCGGCCAUGCCCUCGGUCUCCCCGGCGACCCCCUUCCAGAACGUCCCCCCCACCGUCUCCCAGACGCCCGUCAUUGCUGCCACCCCCGUGCCGACCAUCACCGCCAACGUCACGUCGGUCCCCGUUCCCCCAGCUGCCGCCCCGCCCCCGCCCGUGACGCCGGUCAUUCCCGUGGUCCCCCCCACGCCGCCCGUGGUCAAGAAAAAGGGCGUGAAGCGGAAAGCGGACACCACCACGCCCACGACGUCGGCCAUCACCGCCAGCCGGAGCGAGUCGCCGCUGCCGCUGUCGGACCCCAAGCAGGCCAAGGUGGUGGCGCGGCGGGAGAGCGGGGGCCGGCCCAUCAAGCCGCCCAGGAAGGACCUGGAGGACGGCGAGGUGCCGCAGCACGCGGGCAAGAAGGGCAAGCUGCCGGAGCAGCUGCGGCACUGCGACAGCAUCCUCAAGGAGCUGCUGUCCAAGAAGCACGCGGCCUACGCCUGGCCCUUCUACAAGCCGGUGGACGCCGAGGCGCUGGAGCUGCACGACUACCACGACAUCAUCAAGCACCCGAUGGACCUCAGCACCGUCAAGAAGAAGAUGGACAGCCGCGAGUACCCGGACGCACAGGGCUUUGCAGCCGACAUCCGGCUAAUGUUCUCCAACUGUUACAAGUACAACCCGCCGGACCACGAGGUGGUGGCCAUGGCCCGGAAGCUGCAGGACGUGUUUGAGAUGCGGUUCGCCAAGAUGCCGGACGAGCCGGCAGAGGUGCCCGCGACACCCGCCCCCGCGGCCCCGGCGGCGAGCAAGGGCACGGAGAGCAGCCGCAGCAGCGAGGAGAGCUCCUCGGACUCGGGCAGCUCGGACUCGGAGGAGGAGCGGGCCACGCGGCUGGCCGAGCUGCAGGAGCAGCUGAAGGCCGUGCACGAGCAGCUGGCCGCCCUGUCUCAGGCCCCCGUGAACAAGCCAAAGAGGAAGAAGGAGAAGAAGGAGAAGGAGAAGAGGAAGAAGGACAAGGACAAGGACAAGGAGCGGCACAAGGUCAGGUCCGAGGAUGAGAAGAAGGCCAAGGCCGCCCCGCCCGCCAAGCAGGCCCCCCAGAAGAAGGCGCCCACCAAGAAGGCCAACAGCACGACCGUGGCCAGCAGACAGCCGAAGAAGGGUGGCAAGCAGGCCACGGCGCCCUACGACUCGGAGGAGGAGGAGGAGGGCCUGCCCAUGAGCUACGACGAGAAGCGCCAGCUGAGCCUGGACAUCAACCGGCUGCCCGGGGAGAAGCUGGGCCGCGUGGUGCACAUCAUCCAGUCCCGGGAGCCCUCGCUGCGGGACUCCAACCCCGACGAGAUCGAGAUCGACUUCGAGACCCUGAAGCCCACCACGCUGCGCGAGCUCGAGAGAUACGUCAAGUCCUGUUUACAGAAGAAGCAGCGGAAACCGUUCUCUCCUCCUCCUCCCACAGCGACGAGCGGGAAGAAGCAGGCAGCCAAGUCGAAGGAGGAGUUAGCUCAGGAAAAGAAGAAGGAGCUGGAGAAGCGGCUGCAGGACGUCAGCGGGCAGCUGAGCAGCAGGAAGCCUGCCAAGAAAGAGAAAUCGGGCGCGGCGCCCCCCGGAGGGCCUUCCCGGCUCAGCAGCAGCAGCUCGUCCGAGUCCGGGAGCAGCACCUCCAGCGGAUCGAGCUCGGACAGCAGUGACUCGGAGUGAAGUCGGGCUCCGCCGGCGCCCCGCCCCGCCGGCCAGCGGCCGCGCGCCCGCCGGCGGCCUCCGCAGUGUCCCCUCCUGGAUAAUAUACUACUACUUUUGUUCAUGGUGUGCAGGUUUCUUUUUAAUCCAGUGUCACGGUAUCUCCCCGUUUUUG